UUGGCAACUUCUCAAGCACGCUUUAGUAGUCCCUCUCUCUUCUUCCUCUAUAUAUUAGUCUUCAGAUUUUCACGAGAAAAUUACUAGAAUACUAAACAGUCAUGGAGAGACACGAUCAAGACUUAAGCUACAAAAAACGGCGAUUAGAUUCUACGAUAACCGGAGAUUUUCCAAACCCUAAAGGCGAGGGUUCUUCUGCGGUGGCAAAAUUUGUGGACAAUGUCUUCUACAGAUUGUAUUUCAAGGGUUUGGUGAAUGACGAGGCGGUUUCGGAGGGUGUAGAAAGGACUGUAAAGGCUGGAUUUGGGGUUGCGAUUUGCGAUGAGAAGGAUAAUUUGGUGUAUCAGAUUAAGGAAUCACUUAGAGACAUUGAGAUUAGCCGUAUAGGAGUAGAGAUCAUGGCACUGAUUCGUGGGUUAAGUGAAUCAUUUGAUUUGGGGAUGAGAAGGGUUGUGAUUUAUUGCGAUGACGAUUGGAUUUACCAAUCUAUAAUUGGUAGAGGGAAGUCUAAGAAGAAGAUCGACCAUCUUGUGGAAGAAGUUCAAUGCAUUUUAGAAGAAAUGGCCUGUAAUGAUGCUGUUUUGGUUGCGCGGAACGAUGUUAAGUCUGCUUUUCGACUUGCAAGAGAAAGCAUAAACAGUAGCAGCGUUGAUGUGAAGGCAGAACAAGGAGAGAAUUGUGUCAUUUGUUUUGAAGAAACCGAUGCAGAGCGCAUGUUCUUUACCAAUGAAUGCAUUCACCGUCAUUGCUUUACUUGUGUGAAACAGCAUGUGAAAGUAAAGCUUCUUAGCGGAACUGUGCCCACAUGCCUUGACUAUGGAUGCAAGUUUGAGCUCACCCUUGAAAGCUGUAGCAAGGUUUUGACACCAAAGCUGAUUGAGAUGUGGAAACAAAAGAUGAAAGAAGACUCGAUUCCCGCUGUAGAGAGAAUCUAUUGUCCAUAUCCAAACUGCUCAACAUUGAUGUCCAAGACCGAGCGCUCUAAAUCAACCGAUGAAGGGUCAAACCAAUCAAAUGUUAGGACAUGUGUCAAAUGCAAUGGACUCUUCUGCAUUGAUUGCAAAGUACCAUCGUAUUCUGAUUUGUCGUGUGCUGAUUACAAGAAACUUCACCCUGACCCUCUAGUUGAUGACUUGAAGCUAAAGUCUCUGGCAAACGACAAAAUGUGGCGUCAAUGUGUCAAGUGCAGGCACAUGAUUGAACUUUCUCAUGGCUGCAACCACAUGACUUGCAGAUGUGGUUAUGAGUUUUGCUAUCAAUGUGGGAUUGAAUGGAAGAAAGACCAACAGAUUUGUCCUUCUGGUUGUCUACAAACUGGACAUGGUGAUUAUGAUGAUGAAGAUAGCAAUGAUGAUGACUCGGAACAUGAUUGUGAAGAGGAUAUGUGUGACUGCUAUUACGAUGAAGAUGGUGUUCGUUGGAUUGACUGGGAAGAUUUUGUGGAUCACCAAACCGCACACUACGACGCACCAAUGGAUGAUCAGGAUGUGGUAUACAAGUAUCCUUCUCCUGAGCAGUUGUUCAGUGAAGAAGGGAAUGCUGAUGGAAAUGAUGACAAUUGGGACGAUUACAACAACUAUGGUGGUUUAACUGAUUCUGGCGAUGAAGGAGGCUUUAAUGAGGACUUUUUUAGAGAUUAUUAUUCUCUUUGAUUUCUGUUUGGAUCAACACAGAGAUUAUAAUAUGUUUUGGAACACAUUACAUUUUGUUUCUUUGGCAUUUUCUUUCUUUUAUGAAUUUUGAGACAUUUACAGACACACUGUAGGGUGUGUCCUAGUAACAUCUUUGGGGUUUUGAUUUUUCAAAACCUUUUUCACCGUGUAAUAAAUAUCAUGGAAAAAGCAUUAGCGGUAA